AUGAGACUCACCCUCCUGUCCACGGCCAUCGCCCUCGCGUGGUCCUUUGGCGCAUCCGCCCUGCCGACUGCCCCCGAGGCAGCCACGGCGGACGCGCUCGAGGCCCGGCAGGCCCCACGCAUCUUCCUCUGCGGCGACAGCACCAUGGCGCGCAACACGGCUGGCAUCAUCGACGGCUGGGGCAACUACCUGGCCGGGUAUGUAACGGCCACGGUCGAGAACCGCGCCAUCGGCGGGCGGUCGGCGCGCUCCUUCUGGAACGAGGGCCGGUUCCGCGACGUGGCCAACGCGGCGCGCGCCGGCGACGUCGUCGUCAUCGAGUUCGGCCACAACGACGGCGGCUCGCCCCGGUCCAACGACAACGGCCGUUCGGCCUGCCCGGGCACCGGCACUGAGACGUGCGUUUCGGACAAAACGGGCGAAACUGUCUACACCUUUCCCUAUUAUGUCAUCCAGGGCGCCAAGCUCAUGCUGGCCAAGGGCGCCAACGUCGUGCUUAGCGCCCAGACCCCGCGCAACCAGUGGGAGGGCGGCACGUACAACGGCGAGCCGAGCCGCUUCGUCGACUACAUGAGCCGGGCGCACCGCGCCCUGGCCGACUCGCGCGCCACCUUUGUUAACCACAACCAGGCCGUUAGCAACAUGUACCGCAAGAUGGGCAACAGCGCCGUUAACGCCCUGUACCCGCAGGACCGGACGCACACGGGCCCGCGCGGCGCCGACCUCUCGGCCCAGGCCUUUGUGCAGGCUGUGUACCAGAAGAUGAACGGCGAGACCAGCUUGACGCGCUUUGUUAAGACGCCGGUUAACAUCGUUUACUGA